UUCAGCGGCAUUUUACUUGUGAUUUAAUCCCAUUUUCCUCAGAAUCCCAUCCCGCUCUUACUGCCCGUCCUUUCUCUAUUUUUAUUAUUCUUUUGUUUUUUCAGCUUCACCACCUUUUAAUCCCUCUGCAAAUCUCCCUCGGCUUACGCUAAUCUUCCUGCACCCGUCUCCCUCGCCCGUUUUGCCAAAACAAGAAACGCGUCCCCUGUAAUUUACCGGUCACCCAUCUUGCUUUAGGGCAUCGCGCCGCGCGCUGUAGCCUCCUUCCCAGUGCUGCAGGACCUUUCUGAGAGCACUGUAUUUUCUGCUUUGCACUUGAUUUAUUGUCCUUCCAGAACCAGAAAAAAACACCACACCUGGCAUCUGCAAUAUCGCGUCUUUUUUUUGUCGACUCCCGCAGCUCUUGUUAUGGUAGCAUCAUUUUACAGCCUCGCAACUCCGACUGCCAGCUAGCCUCGAUUUCAAUUUACCCCUCCCGUUUCUAGCGUAUUAGCUCUCCAAAACGCAACAGCACGUACCAACACCAGCACAGCGCCGCCCACCGAAACCACCCCUCCUCGUCCCGCCACCGCCAAAGUAUCCCUGCUCAGCUGCUGUUACUGCUUUGCUUUCCUUUUUUCUCUUCGCUUUCCCUCCCAACUCCUCAGACAUUCAUACUGUUUUGCUCGUCCUUUCAGCGUCCCUCCAUUCGUGGGCGGCGCCUCAGUUUCUCACAGCGUCAUAAGACAUCAUUAAUCCUGUCAACCGAGCAAUCACCAUUAACAUGUCGGCGCUCGAGGCAAAGAUUGUCGUCCUCGGCGCCCAGAAUGUCGGCAAAACGUCCCUCGUCAUGCGCUAUUGCAAGGGUUCCUUCAAGCCCUCCCAGAUAGCCUCUACCGUUGGCGCCAGCUUCCUUACAAAGCGCGUUGUUGAUACAGACACCGACACUGUCGUACGCUUACAGAUUUGGGAUACAGCCGGCCAGGAGCGCUUCCGCUCUAUUUCACGCCUAUACUACAGGGGUGCCAACGCCUGCAUUCUCUGCUAUGACAUCACAGACGCCCAAUCUUUCAUCGAUAUGGGAGUCUGGCUGACCGAGCUCCGCCAAAAUCUCCCCCAGGAUGUUGUUCUUCAUGUUGUUGGCACCAAGGCAGAUAUCGUCGCUCGUGAUCCCGGUGCUCGACAGGUCCCCUUUGAGCGUUGCAUAGCCUACGUCGCCGAGAACCUGGCCCCUGGCGUCGGAAGUACACCUCCCCCAACCGCCACUCACACCCCCCUUGGCCUAACGUCGAAUGCCUCGUCCACCUUUGCAGGUAUUGAUCAGCCGCGCAGCCCUAGCUCCAAGCGAAGCUCUGGCUUCUGGGGCCAGGAGGUGGGCUGGGAUGCGUGUCACGAGAUUAGCGCAGAGAGUGGCGAGGGUGUUGAGGAAGUCUUUCGGGUCGUUGCCAGGAAGCUGGUCGAGCAGAAUCGCAAGAUGCAACAGGCACUUCUUCUGGCCACGGCUGUCCCAGGAACGCCAGGAUACGAGGCCGGUAUGGAUGGCGGAUAUUUUGAUGGCGCAAACAACAAGGGAAGCUUCAGAGUAGGCAGAGACCGAAGGAGCUGGCUCUUCUCGCCUGCCUUCUCACCAGCCAUCACGAUUGAAAGAGCUGGUACCCAAGAGAUGGACCAGCCACGAGAACAGCAGCCAAAGCAAACUCGCGGAAAAUGUUGCUAAGUCGACAUUUAGUCCCGAGCACCUAUACCAUGCCUUCUUUCACAGCAACCUCGCAACAAACACCCGUUUAGAAUCACCUGUGUUGGAUAUACCCCUUUUUCUCGAUUCCACGUUGGCAUAUCACUGCAUUCAUGCUUGGGCCAUAACCCAGACUACAAUGACGCCUUGCUAUGCCCUAUAUACGGCUUCUUAUCGCUUUCAAACAAGUAGAGCCGCUCACGUUUAAACUCUUUGACAUUUGCUUUUCCUUCUCGGCUCUCGAUACCGUCUAUUUACGCACACCGCCAUCAUCAUCAUAUCAUCUAAAUCUGGCGUUGGGGUUACAGCCUUGGUUUUCGUUUUCUUUUUUUGGCAUUUAUACGGCAUGUACGGAGCAUCUUGGUUCACUUUCAACUACACGUUUUGGUCUUUUCUUGUAACUAAUUUAAUAUCAACUGGAAGCUUCUUUAUCCAAAGGUCCUAUUUCAUAGUAUUUAUUGUCCACCUGCUGCUUUCUUGGAAGCUACGUCGUCAUCAACAGACGGCGGCGCCGGAAUGUCCACGUUUAUAACACGGUGUUCCAUUCCCACGUAUGCAUCGCUCAGAACAAUAAUGUCUACAUUUCGUGCUAUGCCAGCUUCCGGCUGAGGAAGCUUAAUCGUGGCCCUAGCCAUAGGCUUUGCGUCGACCUUUCUCUUGCCUGUAGCUGUUGGCGAGCCCCAUGCGAGGCGCUUCACUGCAAUAACUUCGUCCUUGGCAACGUCAGCGACAACGAUGAACCAGCCCUCAGAUUGCGGCUUAGGUAGCUUCGGGGCGUAGAUUCGAGCCUCUCGAUCAACUAAAGCGUUGUGACGUUUGAUAUGCACUGCAAGUGACAGUGCUGUCUUGUCUCCAAUCGAAACACUAAUGUUAGGGAGCAUAGAGGCGGCACGCGAGAAACGGGUGAAUACACCCUUGGGCACAUUCAGACGAUUGGCAAGCUUCGAGAGCUCCUGGGGCUCCAUAGCGCUGACCUUGGAUAGUGGUGUCACGUCCUUGCAAGUUUCGGGUUCUAUUCCGGGAAGGAUAGACACGGGAGCGUCCGUGGGCCAUCGGGCACUCUUGAUAGAUUGAAGGAGUCGAAUCAUUUGCAAGCAGCUGGAGAGGAAGCCCAUCUCAGUCAAGACGUCAAUAGAUGCCUGAAUAAUACGGAUGGCCUGGUCCAAGACGCUCGUUUGAUCGCCAACAUAAUCGGUGAUAGGCAGGUCAAUGCGAGACAUGUGAGCUUGUAGAAGCAGGAAGGCCUUGACGUGUGGGCUCCACAUAGGCAGUCCAAAUGUAUGGCCCGGGAAUGGCAGGUUUUGAGAUAGAGUUUCAUUCACAAGAUCCUCGUUGUGACGGACAGGAAGCUCGUCGUACUCGGAAGCGCGAGACAUCCAAGAGAGAACAUCCACAAACUCGGCGCCCGCUUUGGCGUGCUUACUCAGAUGGCGAAUUGUCAUGUGAGACAAGUAGUAGUAACUCAUAAUCUUUCCAAGAGGCGUAGGAUCGACAUCGCCAUUAGGGAAGACUUCGACACAGCUAGAUUCGGCGAGCUCGUCCAAGGACUUAUUUACCAGCUCAAUCAUGUAUUCGUUAGCCACCUGCUGAGCAACUAUGCUGCUGUUUUCUUCAGCAGAAAUCUCUAAGCCAUAGUAAGAUGGGUUCUUGUGUAGACGUCUGAAGAAGAACGUCCAUGUCAAGUAGUCCAGUGCGUCUUGCUUGGUGAGGACUGUCUCGGCCGAGACUUCAGCACACAAAUGGUUGUCCAAGACUGUGUGCAACGAUGAUUCGACAGGGAAGCCAGUGUGCAGGAAAUGUUUGUAAAAGUCCUUCUUGGAGUCUUGCGUAAAGAUGCGAGCGACACCAGAAUUGUCAAACUGCGGGCGACCAGCACGACCCAACAUCUGAAGGACAUCAGUCAAGUCCAUGUCCUUGUAACCCUCCAUUUUGGCAUCGUAGAACUGAGUUCCCUUGACAACUACCAAAUGGGCUGGCAAGUUGACACCCCAAGCAAGUGUACUGGUUGCAACAAGGAUUUGAAUCUUAUUGUUCAAAAACAGCUCUUCGGCGAGCUGGCGAUCCGAUUCAACCAAACCGGCGUGAUGGAGGCCGAUACCAAAGUUGAUUGCCUCCUUGAGAGCAUCGUCCUUUACUCUGGCAAGGUUCAGCUGCAAAUCCUCUUCAUCCAUGCGGAGGAAUCUUCUUGGGUUGUCUUCCAUGCCGCAAAAGUUGAUUAGAUCCUUGGCAGUGAGGCGGGUUUGUCGACGAGAUGCCACAAAGACAAUGACUGGUUUGUCAGGACUGUGAUUCUUGAUGGCAAGGAAUGUUGGGCGGUUCAUGGACUGCAUCAGCGGACAGAAACCUCUUAUUUCAGGAAACCCGUCAAUGUACAACUCCAAAGGAACAGGUCUGACCGAAUGUCUAAAGUUGAACAAUCCUUCUUUGACACCCAGCCAGCUCGCAAGAUCUGUAGCAUUGGCACAGGCGGUUGACAUACCUAACAGGCGAACCGCGUUCUUCGUCGACUCAGCAAUGUAGUUCAUACGAGAGACAAUGAUCUCGAGAAUUGGACCUCUGUCACCAGCGAGCAGAUGAAUCUCAUCAAUGAUGACCAGGCUGACUUGUCGGACAUAUCCUCUGGUCUGCCACGAACGAGAGAUACCAUCCCACUUUUCAGGAGUCGUGAUAAUGAUGUCCGCAUCCUUGAUGGUCUUAGUAUCAGGAGUGUUGUCACCAGUUAACUCAACAAGCUUCAGACCAAGCGGCUUGGCCAGUCUCACGCCCCAAUCCUUUACUCGCUCUCGGACGAGGGCCUUCAUCGGGGCAAUAUAAACAACCUUGGACUUUGGCCGCUCUCGGAAUGCCCACCACAUUGCCAGCUCAGCAGCAACGGUUUUACCACUUCCGGUUGGCGAUCCCAGGAGGACGUUUGCAGCUGUAUUGUAAAGGGUGUGAAAGAUUUGUGUUUGCAUAGGAUUGAAGAACUGGAAUCGCUGCGCGUAGAGUUCCUCUAGGCCAGGGUUCUUGAGCGCGGAGAUGGGUAAAGGUUGCAAAUUCAGCAGAUCGGUGUAUACACUCUCUGUAUCGGGCCGGAUCAAGUGUUGGAAUGACACGGGCGUCACAGUCUCAGCACCCAACCACCUAUCGGACACUGCUCGGACGUAAAUUUGUGUGGGAAGCGGGUCGGAAAGCGGAAUAGUAAAGUUCAGUUCAUGAUCGUCAUGGAGCUUUCUCCUACUGAUAAUGAAGAACUCGUGGUGAUAGAUCUCUGACGUCUCUGAGUUUUCGACCCAGAUGUAGAAUGAUUCUGAGGUGCCGUGAACAUGAUCCUUCCAAGAAAAGUCAGGAAUCACAUAAAGCUUGAUGCGCAACACAUCACGAUUCAAUGGUGCAAUCUCUGCUUCUACAUGCACUGUGGGAAACGAGUUCAAGAUCUUGGUGAUGGUCUUGCCCGCGCCAUGGUUGUGCACCAAAGCACCAAUCUCAGCCGGCUCCAUCUCUUUCAUAGCCUCAAUUGUCAAAUUCUCCUUGGAGUCAAGUUGAUUCAAGAGUGGCUUGGCAAGGUCAAAUUGGUGCAAGGGAUGCUGAAAUGGCCAAAUGCGUUUUUCAAUAGACUUGGAAAGAGUCAGCAGAACGAGGCAUUGGUGACCCCAGCGGCGGUUGAGAGCUAGCAUAAAGAGGGCGCGGCAAAUUCUGCCUGAUUGUUGAGCGACAUAGUUCAUGUCGUUGGUCAGCGCGAAGUCUUCUGGCUGUGUUCUAGAAAUGUACGACUGGAGCAAGAUGUUCGUUUUGGCUUGUGGUGUGUCAAUGCCUCCAUCGACAUCGCAAGGAAUAACUUCGUUCUUGAGAUGUGUAAGUUCCUUGGCCUCCGUGUCUCGCGAUUGCACAUUAUCGAAUUCGCCACUCAUGCUAAUCAUCUUGAGAAUAUCGGCCUCUGUUGCAUGAGGACGCAUCAUCUGGUUAAAGACUUGAAUGCUGGUAUGCAAGAUGUAAUAUUGGCUUGCAAUACGUCCAAUAUCUUUGCUUCGCAGUUCUUCCGUAGUUUCGUUGUAAACAAUCAUCUGACAUUGCUGGAGGGUCUUGGCUGCCUGGAUUGCGAGUUGUCUUCGGCGCUGCACCAGAGUUGGAUCGUCGCGAAUUUCAGACCACUCGAUGCCGUACGUGAUUGGACUCCUUUGCAUACGCACGAAAAGAUAAGAAUAACCAAUCCAUUGAACCGCAUCGGGAAUAGAGGUGACAGUGCCAAGUGAGAUCUCGGCGUUGAGAUUAUCAACCAACUUGGUCGAAAACUUGGACUCAAUUGGUUGCUGUUCAGUAAUCGCUGUCAGAUAAUGCUGAAGUUUAUCUUGGGUAGUGCAAAUCAUGCCGAUACCAGUGUCUUCGAACUGCGGUCUACCAGCACGACCAAAGAUCUGCAAGACAUCAAGAAUGCCCAGAUCAACAAAUUUACCGUCUUGGGCACUAUAAACCUGUGUGCCUUUGAUGACAACUGCUGCGGCGGGCAAGUUCACACCCCAUGCAAGCGUCGCAGUACAGCAGAGAACUUUCAGGACACCAUCGGCAAAGAGGCGUUCCAUUAGGUUUCUGUCAGAUCUUGCCAUACCGGCAUGAUGAACACCGAUACCUUUAGACAGAAGAUCUCUGAUUUCUUUGGAUCUCGACUGUUUGAUAUCCCGUUGGGCCUGCUCAAACUUGGGGUGCAUAGUUGGGUCGAAUAAGUCGAGGGCGAAUUGCUCCGUUGCCUUUUUGUGAAGCAUUGUCGCGGUUACCAUCGUAUCCCUGCGGGAGUGGACAAAGACCAUAACCUGGUGAUCACGCUCCAACAUUUCCUUUGUUUUUUCAAAAGCAACUGUAUCCAGAUUCUCCUUUGAUUGUUUGCUUCCCGCUUUGCCUUUAACACCGAUGAAGUGCUGCUCCAGUGGUACUGGACGAAAUGAGGCAUCAAAGUAAAAUAGACCAGCAUACUUGUUGACCUUGAGAAAGUCUGCUACGUCAACAUAGUUUGGUAGCGUGGCUGAAAGACCAACAAUUCGAAUGAGAGACUGGGUGCUCUCUACUUGGCGCUCGGUACGUGCUACCAGUGAUUCAAGCACAGCACCACGCUCGUCAUGGAGCAUAUGGACUUCGUCAAUGAUGAGAAGACGAACUUUUUGAACCAACUCAGUGUCGCCAGUUCCUUUUCUUGUGACAACAUCCCAUUUUUCCGGCGUCGUAACAAUGAUUUGUGUCUGAACAAUUUCGGAUUUGGUGAGUUGCAUAUCACCAGUAUACUCACGACACUUAAUUCCAAGCCAGGCGAGGCGUUUUCCAAGCUUUUCAGUGACUUCAGCUGCCAAUGCCUUCAUCGGGGCGACAUAUACAAUCUUGAAAUCAUCUGCAUUUACCGAAAAUUCAGUCGCGAGAAGCUCUUCCAUCGGGUUCGGAAAGACAUGCUGUCCAAUAGUAUGAAGAAUAGUAAGCAUGGCUGCAUCAGUUUUACCCUACUCAAAUUAGCGAUAGAUCAUAACCAAAUCGAAAGAAAACGUACAGCACCAGUUGGUGCACAGAUCAACAUGUUCUCAUUUGUCUUGUAGCCAACUGGGUAGACCAGACUCUGCAUGCGGUUGAGCGUCUUGUAGCCUUUGAAGGUGUUUCUGCAGAGUCCAUCCAAUUCUGAAAUCUUAACAAGCCUCUCCCCUGGACCAGGCACUCCUUUCUUUCCAGCCGGCACAGAGUAUUCUUCGUACUUUUCGAAUUGUUUGCGUUCACUACCAACAGGAAGGCCGUACUUCUUGCCAGAAGAACUCAGAGUGUUGCCGGCAUUAUACGCUCGAUAAACAUGAGGGUACUGAGCUUCCCGCUUAAUGCUAGGAGCAAGAGUGGCGUUCUUAUGUUGGUAGUCUCUCUGACGUAGCUGCUCCUCUCGCUCUGCCUUUGACAAGAGUCGACCAGAAGGUUCCUGAUCCUGUGGCUGGCUAGCCGCUGCAAGGAUUUGGUCCUUGUAGCUCAGUAAAUCGAUAAUAAAGUCGAGAUCAUCGUAUCCUACGAGAUCUGUCAACUGUGUCUGGAGCUCAUCCUCAGACCUACCAGACCCGAGGACGCUGGUGAUUUGAGCUUCAAAGACAUCUGGUGUCAUGCCAUUCUUGCUAGCAAUGUCAAAACUCUUUUGCCGUAGCCAAGCAGCCCCAUAUGGGCUUGUGUCUUGAUCAUGCAUUGGCUCUUCGACAGAAUCACUGCCAAACGUGUCUACGUCUUCGUCAGAGAUGAAAUCCCAGACGUCCUGGCCGCUGGUGCCAGAAGAGUAUCCUUCAAAGUCGGCAUCAUCAAAGUCGAGAUCAUCCACGGAAUUUAACUGUGUAUCAAGCUUCAAUGAGCUCAAUGCAUCCUGCAUUGCAGCAAACUGUUCUCGCCAUUGUGCCUCAGCAGCAAGCAGCUUCUCAGACGCCAUGUUGCAGUGCUCGUUGUGUUUCACUCUUAGAAAAGACUGUGUAUCCGACUUUAGGCUAUCUUGUAGUAUUUUUCAAGUAUUGAAUGCAAAGGCUAAAAUAUUAAAGGAAGAUGAAUUCAUAUACGUUGGUGUAUAUAUGCUGUCGUCG